AUGGGUUCCAAAUCGCCGGCAUCCACCACGAGCAUGGUGCAAUACAUGUCCCUCGACGAGCCGGCCUCGCAAACAAGCCGGAGCCGUUGCUCGUCCUUCUGGUGGUGGCAGGAACUGGUCAGUGUUAUAGCCAGCUUCGGCUGCAUCGUCGCCGUCAUUGUCAUCCUGAGGAUGGUUCAGGACAAACCAACCGAUCAGUGGACCUUCUUCAUUAGUCUCAACGCUACCAUCGCUGCCCUUAUUACUGCAGCAAAGUCGACGGCGAUGCUCUCGGUGGCGGCUUGUAUAAGUCAGUGGAAAUGGGCUUAUUUCCUCUCCAAACGCAGGCGACUCGCCGAUCUGGACAUCAUCGAGGAAGCAUCUCGAGGGCCCCUUGGUUCUGUCCAGAUGCUGACCACGGUGACUUGGGGCCUGGGAACCCUGGGCGCAGUCGUCACCAUCGUGGCAUUAGGCAUCGACACCUUUGCGCAGCAGGUCAUUAGCAAUGAGCCCGUGACCAGGUGGACUGACGACGGGACGGCAUCGUUUGGCCUUGCUCAUAGCUACAACGGGAGUGCUCGAACACUGCUGGCCAACGCCCCGGGUGGUUCUGGGAAUGAUUGGGAACCUGAUCCUUAUACCAUCGAUAGUUCCAUGCAGGGAGCCGUUUUCAAGGCAUUCUACGACCUGGAAACACCUGACUUGUUUAAUUGCACGUCAAAUUGCACCUGGGAUCAAUCCUACACGUCACUUGGCUUCAGCAUGGCCUGCACCAACGUCACCCAGGACACAUACAGCACGAGGAACUGCACCCACCACUCAAAUGGCACUCACACUUGCGAGAUGACUACUCCUGGUGGUGUUUCCUUCAGCACCGGCGAGGCUGAUACUAUGUGGUCAACGGUGUUGGUCAUCCAGGCCGUAGCAAAUGCUGUGUAUUUUGGACUCAACAGUUUUUCCAACACCGGCCCAGUACCGCCAACCUUCAUGCGAUUUGCCGUCUUCCGGCAACCCGCUGACUACGUCAUGAACGAUGCGACGGUUGAAGAGACCCUGGAGUGUGACCUGAGCUUCGCUGCCUACACCUAUUCCAACGUGACCUCGGUGGGGAACGACUUCAAUUUCGGCAACGUGGAGACGACGCCGCUGGACAACGGGACCUUCGUGGCUUCUGGUAAUUGGAAUGAGGGCUCGCAUAUUGUCUUCAACACAAGCGGCCUUCCCGAAUUCACCGUCUCGAUAUGGGACCUCGGCGCCCUGCUAUACUUCUUCCCGUCCGACCACUUCAGCGGUAAGCUGGCUCUCGGCGAGACCCCUGCAGUCUACUCGGCCGGUAUCACCCCGGGAGUCUGGAGCCCAGGGAGGAAUAUCUCGCAGGUUCUGGACAAGAUGGCCGUUGGUAUGACAAAUCAGCUUCGUUCGACUUACAAUGCAAACGCGCGGGGUCUCACUGCCAGCUCGGUGGUACUGGUCCGCGUGCAAUGGCCGUGGUUGGCACUUCCCUUCGCCGUUGUCCUGGCGGCAGCAGUGCUUUUGCUGGCCGAGAUGAUGGAAAGCCGAAGAAGCCGGAACAUUAGUCUUUGGAAGUCGUCGUCCACGGCCCUCCUUUACCAUUCUGUCUCACCGACCCGAGACGUUAUGAGCCCACAUGUCCACAGCCCACGGCAGCUGGAGAAACUGGCAAAGAGCACGCGUGUGAUACUUGGGGUUGACAGGCAAGCUCCUAGCGCCUACUCGAGCACUCUGUCGCCAAUCGGCCCGAUGUGA